AUGGCGAGCGCGCCGGCAGGGGUUCGCAAUGACCAGACUUCUGGUCACAGUAAUAAGCCAGGAGGAGGAACUGGAAAUAAUCCAGGUGGUGCUGUCAAGUCACCUCCUCAACAACACAGAGGAGGGCCAGGAGGAGAGGACCCAGGGGGAGCUGGAGGAGGACCUCGACCGGUAGACCCUCAGAACACUGCAGGGGUGCCACCUGGAGCAGGUGGUCUAAAUAUUACCACAACAGAGUCUGGGAAAGCCUUCAGCACGGGGUGGAGCACAGCAUUAGCGGCGGCCCAUGGGACUGGGACCGUCAGGAAGCGCCCCAACGUCCGCAAGCAGGCCAAUCAGAACAUCCGGCCUGUACGGGCGUUGUUCUGUUUGACGCUGAAAAACCCCCUCCGCAAAUUCUGUAUACAGGUUGUGGAAUAUAAAUAUCCUUUUUUGAAUUUCUUUGCAUUUGAAAUACUAGUGCUGAUCACAAUUUUUGCCAAUUGUGUGGCACUUGCUAUAUAUACACCUUACCCACACUCGGAUUCCAACUACAUCAAUGCUGCAUUGGAUAGGAUUGAGUAUGUGUUUUUAGUGGUGUUCCUUUUGGAGGGUAUACUCAAAAUCAUUGCCUACGGCUUUGUGAUGCAUCAAGGAGCGUAUUUACGGAAUGGAUGGAAUGCAUUAGAUUUUACCAUUGUCGUCAUAGG